AGGUAUUUUCUGGGCUUCAUUUCCUCUGAAGUUAGCGGCUGUUAAACUCCAAUUUCUACCUGGAGAGAAAGGAGGGGAUUAAGCGCUGAUUAAGAAACUCUCAUCACUUUCCUGGCAUCUCCUGCGCGCCCGUCGGCUCUCCAGCUCUCCAUUUGGCACUCCAGCGGUCCAAAGUCUUUCAGUCGUUUUGGUGGGACGCGGACUGGACUGAUGUACAGAGAAAUAUAUCCUCCAAGAAUGUUUUUGGAUUAUCAGAAACAGAUGAUCCAAAUAUAACCUGAGGAGGAAUCUAUCAAAAGCACACCCAGGUUGACCAAAGUGUCACUGGUUUCCUUUUUAAUGUGGACGGUGGAAAUAAGAUAGAAGUGGGGGGUCAUAAAAUGACUGUGCCCAGAUCUCUGAUGAACUUUUGUAGGGGCUUGAAAGAAGAUUUUUUUUGAAAUAAACAAUUAUCUUUUCAUCCAACAAAACAAACGGUACCCCCACUCCCUCCUCAAUGAGCUGAAUUUGGCACCAGCUCUCAUUUCAGCACACUUUUGAUAAGCUGCACUUUCACAACAAGCCCUCUCAGUGCCAGUCAUGGUUUCUGUUUGAUGCUGCAAAUUGAAUUGAACUGGAGGACGACAGGAGAGGUCAGAAAAGGUGAACCAGACUUCAUCAGAUAAAUUAUGUUUUUUGUAGUUGGUCAUCACAAAUCUGAAAAUCCAGAUUUUUGUGUUCAUUUCCUUAAACACUGUGGUAUGUUAAGUUUUUUCUCUUUUUUUUCUUACCAUAUCGGCUUUUAAAUCAAUCUUGUAGUCCUUAUCAUUUCUCUAGGAUCCUCUCAUCUGGUUGUUUCCUUCCUGACCGUCUGCCAUUUUGCAUUCUCUCUCAUACUUGGCCCAGUGAUAUACUGCUUACCGCCCACUCCUCUCUACAUCCUUCUUCACCUUUUCAUACUAAACUGGUUUUCUGAGAAGCUUCAUCCUGGCCGGCACUAUUCCAGCCAAGGGGGAAGAGGACUUCCUGACGCUGGCCGCAUCGCGGCUCAGCCGCAGGAAACGUGUCAUUGGUGCUGCUGUAGGUGUGGCAAUGGUUCUAAUACUGUUGGUGGCCAUUCCCCUGCUGGUCCACACAACCAAAGGGGGGAACAACGGAAAUUCAGGGAGCCAUUAUGAAAUGCUUGGAAGCUGCCGCAUGGUAUGUGACCCCUAUGCCACCUCUCAGCCAGGCCAGGAGCUGACAGCUGUGUCUCCACCGCCCCAGGAUUACUCUGGGAAGAAGAUAAAGUCUGGGUUUCGUGGGCCCCCAGGGAUCCCUGGCCCUCCAGGAGCACGUGGACCCCCAGGAGAGCCAGGCAAACCAGGGCCACAGGGGCCCCCAGGCCCUGGUCCUGGUGGCUAUUCGCCCUCGCUCUACACUCCCAAGAUUGCCUUUUACGCAGGGCUACGCAAGCAGCAUGAGGGGAGUGAAAUACUGAAGUUUGAUGAUGUGGUGACGAAUGUAGGUAACUACUAUGAGCCCACCACUGGCAAGUUCACCUGCCCUCUGCCUGGCAUCUACUUCUUCACCUACCAUGUUCUAAUGAGAGGUGGUGACGGGACCAGCAUGUGGGCAGACCUGAAGAAGAACGGAAUGGUAAGAGCCAGCGCCAUCGCUCAGGACGCUGAUCAGAAUUACGACUACGCCUCCAACAGUGUGAUCCUGCAUUUGGACGUGGGCGAUGAGGUGUGUGUGCAGCUGGACGGAGGGAAGGUCCACGGAGGGAACACAAACAAGUACAGCACCUUCUCCGGCUUCCUCAUCUACCCAGACUGAAUCUAAUCCUUACUCACAAGGGAGGAGUGGUUAGAAAAACACCAACAUACACAAAGACAUCUUCAUGCGCACACAAAGACAUGUAUGUAUGCAAAUUAAACACACACACGCACACAUAGGCCUAUAUACAGACAUUCUGAGAACAGACUACAGAAGUGGAAUUAAGUUGAAUUAUGUGACAUUGAGCCAAACAUCAUGAGCAACUGCAUUUAUUGGCCCCCAUUGUGUGCAAACAUGAAUUUGAGAAUAUGUACAGUAUAAGUGCACAUAAGAAUUGCACGUUGUGGCUCUGAAAUAUCUAAAAUAUUAUAAUGUGUUCCAUAUUAACUGACAUUGUGAUAACUAGAAUAUAACAAACACCAUCAGUGUGACUGUUUUUUAAUGCAAUAAUGGUGUUGAAGGUGCCAUUAAUUAAGAUGACAAAGCUGAAAAAUGCACUUUUAGUGUAUUCCAGUCUUUACCCAAGCAGUAUUUCAUUUAUACAUCUCUGCUCUCCAUUUUAAUGACCUCUGAUCGAAUGGCCUUCCUAUAUUUUGCAACUCAUCUUUAUAAAAUAUUUUUUUCCCCGGUGCUUCGAAGCGAAUUACACCAGUGGAAAUUAAUUGAAUCCCUAUUGUGAUGCAUUGGGAGAGCACUGAUUAAAAUAAGGCAAUUGGAAUAAUCGCAGAUGUUUGACCUUCCUUUGUUCCCAUCGUGACACAGGAUGUCACAUGGUGAGAUAAAACAAAACGUAUUGAUAUUAAGUCAACAAAUCAAGACACAUUUCAUGGAUGGCACUUGCGUGUGAUGAAGUUUUACUUGCCAAGUGCAUUAUUUACAAUAUUGUGUGUGAGUGAGUGGGUAUGUCAGUAGGUAUGAGUGGACACUAUGAGAUACUGGGGCAGUGAAAACGUGACAGAUGCAGUGUUUUACUUACAUUAACUGUUGUACAAUACAUUACAGACUGCUGUAAUCACAAUGCCAUACCUCCUUAGUACUUUAUUUUUGAGAGACCCUGUCAAAGUAGCAUCAUAUGUAUAAACAGUAUUCUUGGGAUGGGCUAUCUGGUAUGUUGAAUAGGUUGAGUAGAUAAUAUUGCUAUUAAAAUAUCUAUACCUACCUUG